AUGGGAGAAAAGAAUGUAAUUGUAGUUAAAUUGCAAACUUUACGUCGUGAUUUUGAAACUUUAAGCAUGAAAAAGUAUGAAUCCGCGCAAGACUAUAUGUCUAGAGUCUCUGCAAUUGUUAAUCUGAUGAAGUCUUAUGGAGAAAAAAUUGUUGAUGAAACUAUUGUAGCAAAAAUUUUGAGGUUUUUAACCAGUAAGUUUGAGGAUGUGGUUGCUGCUAUCGAAGAAUCCAAGGACUUAUCUGACUAUAUGUUUGAUGAAUUAACGGGUUCUUCGUUAGCUCAUGAAGAUAGGCUAAACAGGUCUCAUGAGAAGGUUGAAGGAAAAGCAUUCAAGAUGAAAGAGGAGCCAUCUUUCUCUAAAGCAAAAUCCUUUAAUUUUUCUGGUAGAGGUAGAGGAAGAGGCGGUUUUCGUAGGUAA